AUGGUGGGCUGUGAGACAAGUGUUGGGACUCCAACUCUUUCUGAUCCAAGUGAUAUUCCCGAUUAUGAAGAGGGUAAUGAUGUUGAGUGUGUUCAAGCAGAUGAUGAAGAUAUUUUGGUCGAAGUCCCCUCAGGUGAUGAUGAAGAAGAGUCUAGUUUCGAGUCUGGAGAUAGCGAGGAUGAUGACGAUGAAGAUGAUGGAGCUCCAGAAUCCCCGAACCUUGGCUCUCAGACGCAACGUGAUGAUUCACAGGCACGUGACAUUGGUGACCACGUACCGGAGACGCCGAGCAGCCAGAGGGAGGAAGCUGAAGGGUCAAACCGUGCAUCAAAAAGGUUUGAUGAUAACAAAGAGACAUACAACAAGAAGCAGGAUGAUUGUACCACUCAGGGGUCACAGCCGAACCCAGAUUUGUUGUAUUGGGAGACAGUGGGUGGGAGGAACAGAGGUAGAGGCAAAGGUCGCUGCACGGAUGGAAGAAGCGGAGGCAAGGUUCGCAGCACGGCUGGAAGAGUCAAAUCGGGCCCUCGUCCAAGAAAUGAUGCGGAAAUGUCUAAUUUCGGCCACUUGUUCUCUGGUUGCAACACAGGACCCUCUCCACAACGAAGACCAGACGAUGACCCAGGGUCUGCUAGUGGGACUGGUGGUACCAAGACACCCACGACAGUGUAG